ACGCCCCGUCGCCCCGACCGUCCGGCGCCGCCGCCCGCCGUCCUCGCAGCGCAGUCCGGCUCCUCCCAGCCCCAGUCAGGGCGGCUCCGCCUCCGCCUGUUUGGCUUCCGGGUGGUCCGGCGGCAGGGGCAGCCGAGCAGGCCCCUCGCGGCCUCGCCGCGAGCCCGCGACGCCGGGCGGCAGUAGAGCCCCGCCCCCACGACCAGCCGAUCGGCGAGCGGCGGGCCGGCAGCCAGCGGCGCCGACUGGCUCCACCCUCCCUGCACCCUCGGCUCUUCAAUUCAAGCAAACCAGCAAGGUAAAGCAACAAAUUCUUGGCUCCGCCACUGCUCCGCGGCUCCGCCCGUCUGCCCGAGUGCCUGACGCCGCCAUGCCGAACACCCUGCAGCAGCCGCAUCUGGCAAGUCUCGACAAGUCGACGUCGACGUUGCAGCACACUGCCGUUGUUUGACUUGGCUGUGUGGCGCCGGCAGGCUUGCGGACGGCGGCGCUCCCUUCUCCCUGUCGCCACAAGCACGACCUCUUCGGCUCUUCCCUCCACGGCUCCACCCCUCCAAGCUCGAGCUCCGCAUCCAGGAUUCUAGGUACGCCAACGACUGGGCCUAGGCGAGCGGCGGCCCAGCCUGUUGUCGGCGACGAGCGCAUCCUCCAGAAUUACUAGGGUGUGCAUGUUCCUAUGCUGGGUCCACCCCUGCAGGACGUCCUAGCUGUGAAGUGUGCGGAGAUGUACCGUGGCAGUCUUGAUCGCUUCAAGAAGGCGCAGACCUUGGAGCCCUUCUCGGUACAGUCCGGAUCCGGCGGCAAGAAUGCACCUGCAGCUGCAAGAACAGCAAAAGUGCCACCUGUUCCAUUGACAGUGCCACAGAAUUCUAAUUUCGUGUCAGGUCAGAACCACCAAAGUCUGCAAGGCGCCAGCUCGAGGGUGGCUGGGCAAGAUGGUGUUGCUGCUGGACAUGUUGGAUCACAUGUUGGUGGAGGGCAGUCGACAUGGCAGCCUCCAGACUGGGCGAUUGAGCCACGCCCUGGGGUCUACUAUCUUGAUGUGUUGAAAGAUGGGGAGGUCAUUGAUAGGAUCAAUCUAGACAAGAGAAGGCAUAUAUUUGGGAGGCAAGUGCCUGCUUGUGAUUUUGUGUUGGAUCAUCAGUCUAUUUCACGCCAGCAUGCUGCUGUCAUUCCACACAGGAAUGGAAGCAUCUAUGUUAUCGACUUAGGAUCUGUUCAUGGCACAUUUGUUGCAAAUGAGAGAUUAAUGAAAGACAAUCCUGUUGAACUUGAAGUUGGACAGUCACUUCGCUUUGCUGCAUCAACCAGAAUCUAUAUACUGCGAAAGAACACAGCUGCACUGUUCCCAACUCCUAGCCUUCCAUCAGAUGUCAGUUUGCCAUCUCCACCAGACCCCAACGAUGAAGAUGCUGUUGUGGCAUAUAAUACAAUACUUAACCGCUAUGGUAUUAGUAAAUCUGACCUAUCGCCCAGUUCCAAAGGUUCAUCAGGAGGUGCCUCUGGUGCAAAUGAUGAUAACCAUACAGUUGAAAGGCCCUUAAAGAGAAGUAAAAAGUUGAGAGUAUCCUUUAGAGAUCAGGUUGGAGGAGAACUUAUCCAAGUGGUCGGCAUUUCAGAUGGUGCAGAUGUUGAAACUGAACCAGGCCCUAUAGGUGUGAAGGAAGGUAGCCUUGUUGGGAAGUAUGAAUCUCUUGUACAGGUUACUGUCGUACCGAAAGGAAAGGAGCAAAUUUCACCAAACGGAAGUACCUCCACAAGCGGGGUAACAGAUAAGCUACAGGAGGUUCUUAGAAAAGUUAAGAGCACAACAAGAAGUCGAAUUUAUGAUGACCUUUUUGGGGAUUCUAUUCCAGCAAAAGUGGGCUCUUCUUGGGCAUACAAAUCAGAUGAUCAGUCAGAUAAAGACAAAGCUGUUGAGAAGACACAUAUCUCGAAUUUGAACAUGAACUCAGCUGAUGAUAGUGAUGACUUGUUUGGUGACUCAUGAUCCAGCAUUUUCAACAAAUACAACCAAAUGGAUUUUCAGAAAUUUAUGGAGUUGUUUUGUUUGUCAAGGGUAUUUUUCUCAGUUCUACAUGGUUAUACCCUGCUGCAAAUCAAGGUAUCUGAAAUCCUUCCCCCCUGCAAUCAGAGUUUGUUUUUUCUUGCAAGAAUGGCUGCUGAUCUUGUAACAAGAUUGAGAACAAGAAACAGACAGAGUUCUUAUGGUUGCUGAAUUAUGUAAAACUCGAAAUGUGCAACAGUAUUUUGCAAUGUGAUGGAAAUAGUUUAAAAUAUUUUUGGGUAAACUUGCUUAGGUACAGAGCAUGAGAUUUUUCAGGAUAUAAGCUAACCAAGGCGCCAUUAUAAUAUUUACCUGGAAAGCGGCAUGUAAGUUAUGGUUUAUGUCCGCAUCAGGAACCCCAACAGCAUGAUCAGUAUUUUAGCCACAACAUUGGCUCGCGUA